AGAGUUUGUUUCGACCUGUUCCUCUGAAAUGCAAAUUGCUUAGUGACAGUAAUGUUUCCAUAAAUAUUUGGAUAUGUUUAAGGCAAGUCAUGGAAACGGCCGGGGACUUAUAUUAUAUAAGAGCACGUAGCAGGCUGCGAGAGCCCAGAGCCACCGGGCAAAACUAACGUCAGGACAGCUUUUGUAACAGAAUUAGAAAUCGUAGGAAGAAGGAUGCUCACUGAAGUUUGGAUUGUUGUCUUUUUGUGUGGAGCUACCUUGUAUACCACAGAUGCACAGAUUACAGGAUGGACUGUUCCAAAUAUCACAGACGCCGCAAGUGGACCAGGAGCAGCACCAAUUACAUUUCCCGAGGAUCAGCCUGUGGGUGCAACAACAACUUCAUUUACAGCCACUCCAUCUGGUUCCGAUACAAUUGCGUCCUACACCCUGUUGACUUCUGGUACUCCUUUCUCGGUAAACUCAUCUUCUGGUCUCAUCAAUCUAGAUAGUGCACUUGAUUUUGAAACGACCGCCAGCUACACAGUUGAAGUUCGAGCAGUUGAUAGUAAUGCAUCUUCAAAUACAAAUACUGGAACAGCAACUGUUUCAAUUACCGUCACGGACGUGAACGAGGCCCCGACAUUCAGUGCUGCAUCAUUGUCAGCUUGCGUUGCUGACGCUUCCACAGGAGGUCAGUCUGUGACGACUCUAACAGCCACUGAUCAGGACACAGGAGAUAACAUAACUUACAGCAUAGAUUCUGGAGACACAAACAACCACUUCACAUUUUUUGGAGACGAACUUCGAGUCAGUUCAGGAAUUACUCUUAACAUGUCAGCCACAGCAAACUACACUCUUGUUAUUCAUGCCGUAGACGAUGAUCUACUGACUGGGAAUGCAACACUGACCGUAACAGUGGGUGAUUGCAACAGCGCAACAGCUCUGGCAAUUAGUAUAAUGAUGUCCCUUAUGGCUCUGGUUGUGUCGUUGUAUUAAGAUUCAAAGAAGGCUCAUGUGACAUUUCUAGUUCAAAGUACUUUCAUCAUUUUAUAUUAAAUGAACGUAUCACGAAGCGUACGUUUUCCUUGUUAGUUCAUCUUUUGGAAUGGACUAACUAUAUAUUUUUUAAUCUGAAAGUUAUUUAAAGAUGUCGCAUCCGUCGUCUUCAUCGUAGAUUCAAAUUUAGUGAACUGAAGAAAUUUAUUAUUCUUUGUUUUACAUAUUUAGUAUUUUUAGAUACUAAAUAUCUCAUGUCUGUUUGUCUCUGUUCACUCUUGUAACAUUUAUACAAGUUUGAAGUACAUGCCUCUCUAAAAGUAACUCAUGUUAAAAGAAGAAGGAAAAUAUAUACAUUUAAAACCUCAAAGUUUAUUUUCCGUAAAAUCUGCGUAGUUCAUACAUUUAUUAGUAUACGUAUUAGCUUUCUAACAUAAGGUUUAAAUGUACAUUCCGAUUCUACGGUAACGUAUGUAUUUCCUUCAUUUUAAGCAGUUAUAUGUAACAAAGAGUUUCAGUGCUAUUUUAAAGUAUAUAUAUUUAAGUACAAAAUCAAACACUUAACAUUGUAUCCUGUUGUUUCUUUGAUUUAUAAGGAACCAUGGCAACAGCGAUAUUUAGAAUAUCUGUUAUCUUUUGCAUAUUCAAAUUUUAUCGUAUCUCAUAAUUUAUAGCAGCUGCCUUAAGUGUAAAGAGUUUCCAAUCUUUCCCUCCAGAAUGAUGUUGACGUCUUAAACAUAUCUCCGUAAAGACUAUCGCUGAUUUCAGUGUGUUGAUGUAAAUUAAUAAGGCCCUAAUCUUCGAGUAUAGUGGUACUCAAUCUGAACAGAUAAAAGUUAAUUUCUUACAAAGAGUUGUUCCUUGUUAGAAAACGAUUUGUAAGGAACCACUUGUUUUCAACGGGUUUAUCUACUAAGCACUGAAAAUGAAUAUAAACGACUGUAACGAUAAAUAUUUAUGCAAAAUAUGAAGUAAUCUCAUCUCAAAUGAAAACACGACACUCAUCUCAAAUGAAGACAUGACACAAAGAGUCCAUAGAUUCUAAAAUGUCAUCUAUGGAAAAAUCAUGCCAUAGUAAGUACAUACUUUAUCAAGUCGAAAAGGCCUGGAAAUACACCUUUCCUGUUACACCUUAACAGUUUCUAAUAUAUAAAGAUUGACUUAAUUCUGUGAUAUUUUUUUGUAGUUUGGAAAUGAGAGUAUGAUGUUAAUUCUCAUGUUUUGUUAAGUGUUUAUUUUUAAUACACUUCUGUUGAUUUUUGCUUGUCAACUGCAAUUCAUCGAAAGAUUGUUUACUUACAUUUCAAAAAUAUUUGGAUUUUGCAUACAAGACGAGUUUUCUUCCUUCCUUCUCCGUCACAGUUUAGUAUUUCUCUUUGAUAUGUAUUCCAUGAAUGUUGUUUUUUUUCCACUAUAUAUAAGUACUAACAGUACUCUAGGUGAGAUGACUAUUCUACUCUGGAUACAAUCACUUUGUACAUUAAUACCUAUGCAAGAUAUAAAUUUAAAUAGCCGCAAUUAUAUAUAAAAUGUUUAAUAACGUACCUAUAAAAUUAAAUGAGUGUGAAAUAACUAAAAUAUCACAAAAAUCUUUAAAUUGGAGUUUAUUAACAAUAUAAAGCCCGUUUUUGUAUUACAAAAUUUUAUCAAAUUGAAUCAGAAAUGAAUACGUGUCCAGUCGUAUAUGUCUACUCCCUCCAGUACUACGUGUUUGUUUGUGUGAAGUAUUCUAGUGUUUAAGAAAUGAUGUCAAUAAUGAGACAUUACCGUGUCGAUGCUUGCUUCAUUUCUUGUAAUAAUCUCUAUAUUUUGUAUUGCCGCAAAGACUUUUAUUUAAUUACUAAUGUAAGUAACAGAUCAUAUCAAUUAUUGAUAAAAUUGUUGGUGAAUAAUGUUUUCAUUUACAAGACAUGGAAAGUAGUUAAAAUUGAUGUCAUAAUGAUAAGCUAAUGAUUGAUAUACGUAAAGAUGAUCAGUGUAAAAGCUUAAGUUUUACCAUAAAUCGUUAAUUCUUUGUGUAUAGGGUAUAUUAGCUAGUAACAACGACUGUAACGAUAAAUAUGUAUGCAAAAUAUGAAGUAAUCUCAUUUGAAAUGAAAACAUGACAAAAAGAGUGUAUAGAUUCUAAAAUGUCAUCUACGGAAAAAAAUCAUGCCAUAGUCAGUACAUACUUUAUCAAGUCGAAAAGGCCCGGAAGUACACCUUUGUUAUAUUAUGUAUAACAGUUUCUUAUAUAUAAAGAUUGACUCAAUUCUGUGAUAAUGUACUUUUUUGUAAUUUGGAAAUAAGAACUCUGUUGAUUUUUGCUUGUCAACAGCAAUUCAUCGAAGGAUAGACUGUUUACUUACAUUUCAAAUAUAUUUGGAUUUUGCAUACCAAGACGAGUUUUCUUCCUUCCUUCUCUGUUUAGUAUUUCACUUUGAUAUGUAUUCCAUGAAUGUUGUCUUUAUCGAUAUAUAAAGUACUCUAGGUGAGAUGACUGUUCUACUCUGGAUACAAUCACUUUGCACAUUAUUACCUAAGGAAGAUAUAAAUUUAAAUAGCCGCAGUUAUUUAUAAAAUGUUUAAUAACGUACCUAUAAAAUUAAAUGAGAGUGAAUUAACUAAAAUAUCACAAUAAUCUUUAAAUUGGAAAUUAUUAACAAUAUAAAGCCUGUAUGCCUGUUUUUGUAUUACAAAAAUGAUAUCAACUUGAAUCAGAAAUGAAUACGUGUCCAGUCGUAUAUGUCUACUCCCUCCAGUACUACGUGUUUGUGUGAAAUAUUCUAGUGUUUAAGAAAUGAUGUCAAUAAUGAGACAUUACCGUGUCGAUGCUUGCUUCAUUUCUUAUAUUAAUCUCUAUAUUUUGUAUUGCCGCAAAGACUUUUAUUUAAUUACUAAUGUAAGUAACAGAUCAUAUCAAUUAUUAAUAAAAUUGUUGGUGAAUAAUGUUUUCAUUUACAAGAAGUGGACAGUAGUUAAAAUUGAUGUCAUAAUGAUAAGCUAAUGAUUGAUAUACGUAAAGAUGAUCAGUGGAAAAGCUUAAGUUUUACCAUAAAUCGUUAAUUCCUUGUGUAUAGGGUACCAUAGCUAGUAACAAUUGUCUUAGCCUGCCUAGAAAAUAAAGCAAUACAAAACAGA